GGAUGUGAGAGCGGCGAGAGUUGCUCGGCCGCGACCGCGACAGGUUCCGCUCCCGUGCAUGUGCGCCUUUCCAGCGGGCUUGGAAGUUGCAAAGCUCCGGGAUGUACACCGCCGGGCUCAACCCCUUCUACGCGUCCAAUUUCAGCCUUUGGUCUGCGUACUGCGCUGGAGGUUUCGCGGUGGACGCCGCCAAGAAGCCGUCUUUUUGCAUCGCGGAGCUCCUCCAGGCCGGCGAUGCGGACAACUUGCCCGGCUCCUCCGCACUCAUGGUGCAUGUGGGCCAGCACCGCGCGUCCUCCGGCGGAUCCCCGCUGCGCCCCUCCCCGGUCGGACCCGGGGGGGAGGCUCACGCGUCCGUGUACGGGGCGAGGGUGAGCUCCGGGUCCCCGUACCACAGACAAGGACUACAGCUGACCUCCGUGCCCAGAGCGGCGCUCAACUCCUCGCAGUCUCCUGCGCCUUCGAGCAAAGACCUCAAAUUCGGAAUUGAUCGGAUAUUGUCCUCGGACUUUGACGCCAAGGGCAAGGACAAGUUGAGAGAUCUGACUUCCAUCGUUAGCUGCAGCCGUCAGUCAGGCGUCCACAUCCCCAUUCAGCCUGCGGCCGGCCAGUACUUCUCCUCCAUGGAACCCGGGAUGAGCGACGCCUCCGCCAUGAUGGGCACACUGGGCGGCAGCGCCAGGCAACCGGGCCAGCAUCAGUUUCAGGACACCUUCCCAGGUCCGUACGCCGUGCUCACGAAGGACACCAUGCCGCAGACCUACAAGAGGAAGCGGUCCUGGUCCAGGGCCGUCUUCUCCAACCUGCAGAGGAAAGGCCUGGAGAAGAGGUUUGAGAUCCAGAAGUACGUCACCAAGCCCGACAGAAAACAGCUGGCGGCCAUGCUGGGACUGACGGACGCGCAGGUGAAAGUCUGGUUCCAGAACCGGCGCAUGAAGUGGCGACACUCCAAGGAGGCGCAGGCCCACAAGGACAAGGACAAGGACGCCGAGCAGCCGGGCGGGACGCCCGAGUCCGGCAAGGACCCCAAAGAGACGCCCGAGUCCGAGUGCGACAGCGACGAGCGCAGCGAGUGCGAGUCUGACGACGCGCCGGACCACGACAAAAGCAACGCGGCCGCGCUCCAUUUGGACCUUUGCGAGGGCAACAAAACCAGCGUCAUCAUCAACGCCAGCGUGGAGGCGCCCCACUCGGAUUCCGCUUCUUCUUCUUCUUCAUCGUCGUCUUCUACUUCUUCGUUGUCUUCUUCUCACCCUCAGCUUCUAAUAUGAAGAUUUUCAAAUUCGUGGACUCCAACGUUUGCUUCUCGGAGCCACGUGAUCUGAUCAUGACGGACACAAUUCCCUGAAAUUCGACUUCAUGCUUUCCUCAGAGGGUUAAAAAAAAAAAAAAAAGAAUAGAGUAAAAUAAGAAAUUGUAAAUGUUAUUGUACAAGCGCUCCUUUCUUUCACAUCGUGUAAAUGAACAUUUCGGAAUACACACAGUGUACAUGUCCUUUUGUGUGUUGUGCUAUUUUGCUAAUAUAAUUUGCACUGAAAAUAUUGUAAAUAAAAGUUUCCUUUUUUCUCUCCAU